GAAUGAAUGAACUCAAUCAAGAACUCUAAGUUAUCAACAGACGAGGAAACACAACACCAUCUUAUUAAUUAGUAAACCUUUCUCUACUACCCAUUCAGACUCUGAAAUAUCCUCACACCAUGAACCGCUCAAUCGAGCAGACGCUGCUCUCUCUGCUGCCGACUCACAACUCGGACCUCCCCGAGUCUCUCACCCAACUGGCCAGCUCACUGCUCGCCCAGUCCCGAAACCGCGCCAGCACUCUCAAGGCCGAGGAGGAAGUCGCCCGACUCUAUGCCUGCGCCAACCUAGCCUGCGACAGGCUCAAGAUCAGCCUCAACCUCCCCCCGAUUGACCCCCGGCCACCCAUCCCCCCGCGCAUCUACAAGCGCCUCUACAACCACCUCGACAAGAUCCUCCCGGCCACCGCCUCCACGCCCAGCCGCCACACCCCAGGCGGAACCGCCCUCGGCAGCGGCCGCAUCCGCACCCCGAGCUCCAAGCUCCGCGCCCAGCAGCAGCAACGCGACGACCACAACACCUCCCCCCUCGCCAACAAAUCCCGAACCCCCACAGCUACCACCACCACAACUACAGCCACCACCCCAACCAACCGCAAACAAAAAGAGAAAUCCCUCGCCGACCUCCGCAACUCCCACCAAACCCCCAACCGCCCCACCCCCCAAAAAACCACCCCUCCCCUCCCCCCCUGGAUACGCCCCACCCUCCGGCACCUCCUCGCCACCCUCGGCCCUUCCCGAAUCGGCCCCGUCGUCGCCUCCGCCGUCGAAUCCAUCCUGGCGCCGCGCGGCCGGCCCACCACCGACGCGUGGGCGCGCGCCAACAUGCCCGCCGUGCUGGGCGCGCUGUACCUGUUUGUGUGGCGCGGCGUGGAGUGGCCUGGUGGAGAGGCGGUGGAGAGGGGGAGGUAUGUGGGGAUGCGGAGGGAGGUUGUGGGUGGGUUGAAUGGGGUUAGGGGGGAGAUUGGGGGGGAGGUUGGGGGUGGGGUUAAAGAUGGGGGGGAUGGGGAUGGUGAUGGGGAGGAUGAGGCGUGGGAAGGGUGGAGAGAGAUUGGCGUGGCCGAGUUGGAUGAUGCCGCUGUGAGGGGGAGGAGGCAUGGGUGGUUUGAGAUGGGCUGGGUUAGUGGGGUGGGGGAUUUGGUGGAUAGGGAGGCGAAGAGGGUGGAGGAGGAGGAAGAGGAGGAGAGGGAUGGAGAGGGUGAUGACAACAACGGGGAGGUGGUGCAGAUCCGGAGGGCUGAUACCAUGUUUCAGGAGAGGUAUGACUAUCUCGGGGAGAGGAAGCGCAAGGCGUAUGCGGAGUGGAAGGAAGGUGUGCUCAAGAGGAUCAAAGAGUUGGAGGCGAGGUAG